AUGACUGCCAACCUUCUUUGGAAACUGAUACCCCUUUCCCCUGUCGAAUUAUCACUCGCUCGUGUUCUACGUUGUGGCCAAACAUUUCGCUGGAAAAAUGUGGAUUCCGUUUGGAGCUUCACCGCUAACGGCCAGAUUAUCCUCUUGAAGCAAGACUCAAGUCAUUUACACUACGCAUGCAUACUUCCAGACGAUCAGUCCCUGUCAAGCGGUAUAUCAAAAGCAUACGAGACAACAAGAGAAUUUAUUCAUGACUAUUUCAAUCUAAAUGUGAAACUUAAGGAACUCUACGCGCAAUGGGCAGAGGUCGAGCUCAAGUACAGAUCAAAGAGCAGAGCGGUUUCUUUUGCCACUUUUCCUGGAAUUAGAAUCUUGAGACAGGAUCCAUGGGAGACGGUAGUGCUGUUUAUCUGCUCGUCGAAUAACAAUGUCAAGAGAAUCUCUAAAAUGUGUGAUGCUUUAUGCCAAGAGUUUGGUACUUACAUCAAUGACUAUGAUGACCAUGCAUAUUUCACUUUUCCGGAGCCUGCUGCUCUCGCAGGCCCAGACGUGGAACAAAAGCUAAGAGAUCUCGGAUUUGGUUACAGAGCGAAGUACAUCAAUCAAACUGCAAAGCUUUUCAUGAACCCUGAGAUUCCUGAAAUCACCAUGGAGACGUUGCAUGCGCAGAGGCAGAAGAGCUAUGAAGAUGCCCACGAGUAUCUUCUUCAGCUCUCAGGUGUGGGCCCUAAAGUUGCUGAUUGCAUCUGCCUCAUGGCAUUGGAUAAGCACGAUGUAGUGCCAGUUGAUACACAUGUUUUGCAGAUCGCUACUCGAGAUUACAAGUACAAAGGGCCGAAGACUAUGAACAAGGUUUCGUAUCAUCAGGUUCGUCUUCAUCUACAGAAGUUGUUUGGGAAGUAUGCUGGGUGGGCCCAACUGGUCAUGUUCGCUGCUGACCUUUCGGAUUUGAAUAAUGGAAUCAACCAAAAGGACGGCGUAAGAGUUAAACAUGAAGUAAAAAUAGAACAAGAUCCUUCGACGAAAUCGGAGGAUGCCAGCGUCAAAGCGGAGACUAUAGAGAUUUCUACCGAGCUUGCGUCCAGUGGGCCAAAACUCAAAAGAAUCAAAGUUGAAGCUUAA